AAGGUUCUUUAUGGUAUGAUACAGCCAUCCUGUAGCACCUUUUUUCAACUGUACACAAAAAUCUGACCACAGAGGGCCUUGGGCGACAGGACUUGGUGCCAAAUUGGAUUCCACCUACGCAGAUCCACCACCUGUUCUUUCCAGCCAUGAUGUUGUCCUCCAACACCUGCUGACCCCUCCAAGCAUCAGGUCUGUCUUUGGAUUCAUUUCCGCCCCAUUACUGCUCUGAAACGGUGGUGUAUUUUCACCCUCAUGGUGUCAAUAAUAACUAGAGAGGUACAUCCAGGUAUUUCUUGUUUCUUUGAUUGUGAAACAUGUUUUUUUAAUGGCAAUUUGUAAAUACUGUAUUUUAUGAGGUGGCUAAUUUGUAUGAAGUUGAAACAAAUUUGCACGUUUUAGUGCAAUCUGCUGCCUUUCACCCCAGUUACUUUGUGUUGGGGGGUUAGGGGGUGGUAUUAUUCAUGUUUUUAUUUCUAGUAAUCAUAUGAUUUUGUACAAUUAACUUCAUAUGAAUGUAUAUGAAUGUAUAUCAAUUAGCCACCAAAUAUGUACGAAUUCCUGUGAGAUUAGGCUGAUUUUUGUCAAUGCUUCCCAGUCAUCUUUGUUCCCUAUGGUGAAGAGUGUUUGUGUUUUUGUUAGUUUGGGAUUGAAAUGCAGAUCCGUGCCAUCGGAGGAUACUGAUUUAGCAACAGCAUGAGAUGAAAAAAGCACAUUUAUGUAACUUAGGCUGCUGUUAUAGUUUAGUCUUUGUUGUUUAGUUUAACCUCAUGUUUCAUGGUUUGCACCUGUCGCCUGUUAAUUUUAUUAUCAUCAUCGUCAUUGUUAUUACCUGUGUCCAUGCAUAUUUAUUUAUACCCUUGCCUUAGUUCAGUCCGGGUCAGAUCUCAUUUGUGUUGUGGUUGAUGAAUGUAUCCUCCUUGUUUUAUUAAAGUUAUGUGUUUAUUGUAAUCCAUCGUCCUCCUUAUCUCCCCACACCAGCAUAACGUUACAGAAGAUCGGACCACACUGUUUGGUGUGUGUUAGCGGCGUCAUUUGUCAGUGUUUUUUGUUUUCCGUCCCCAGUCAUCAUGUGUAGGUUUCGUUUCCCCCCGUAACACUGUCAUGGACAUCUCUGUGGUACAGCUAAUGUGCCUGGAGCAGGAAGAUUGCUCCCUCGAGGAACACCUUUUAGACUUUCUAAAGAUGGUUUCAUUCACCACCUUCACCAGCCUGCAGCCACACGAGAGCCAGAGCAUAUCGCAACUGAGCCCGACAUCGCAACAGAGCGUGAGCUUCACGGAUUGUCAGACCAGGUACAUGAGCUGGCUACAACGUGUGUCUUUGUGGGAGUACUGGUGGAGUAUGAGGGCUGUGAGGAAAGCCCCGCCCACACUCUGUCACUGAGGGUGAGCUAUCGUUGAAAUCUGAACACAUUUAAUGAUGUUUUUACUGUACGCUGUUCCUGCCCAGUUGUCCUUCGUCCUCGCUGGUCCCGUCCAGCUGUCUUUCAUCCCCACUGGUCCCAUCCAGCCUCCCUCUCCCUCCUCCUCUAUCAUCAUCAGCCAGUCCAUCAACCACCCAACGACUGGCAUCUGAUUACACCCCAGCUCACCCUCAGAGGAACUGGGGAGUAACCAUCUGCCCCUGAGACAGGGGAGUUUCCCAUGUCUCCACCACCAUCCUCCAAGACCAUGACUCCGCCUCAGACCUCCAACCCAUCAACUACUCCCCGGCUUACGACUCCCUCGUCUCCACCAUGGCCCACCUUCCCACCAGCUCCGCCAGGAUCCCUCAUCCCUCCGGCUCCGCCUUGGUCCGUCAUCGUCCCAUCUCCUCCUCUUGACUCCACUCAUCCGGCUACUCCUCGUCAUUCCAUCCCACCUGCUCUGUCGGGCUCCUCCCUACCUCCCUGCAGCUCCGCCUCGAUCUUCGGUCGCUCUGACACCACCGCAGGCUUUUGGGUCCUUGCCUUCGCCUCAGUCACCAGAUCCGUUGGCCCCGCCCUGGCCUUCUGGCACCUCGGCUUAUCCCAGGCUCUCUGUCUGCUCGGCUCCACCCAGGUCACCUCCUCCAGGACUUUCAUUACCAUCACUCGUCCCCAGGGUGUCGAGUUCCAUCUCUCCACCAUGGCUUCUCCCUACGGCAACUCCACCCUGGCUGCUUCUACUGCUCUUGGCUUCUCCCACCUUGGUCAGCCUCUUUUUUCACUGACUCGUUGUUGUUUAGUUGCCCCCCCACUACUUCGGUGUAGUUUUAUUUUUAUGAUGCGGGACGCACCGGGAGGAGGGAGAGUACUGUUAUAGUUUAGUCUUUGUUGUUUAGUUUUACCUCAUGUUCCAUUUUCUGCCCUUGUCGUCUGUUAAUUUUAUCAUCAUCAACAUU